AUGAACUUACUGCCUGCUGCCCUUUUGUGUCACUUGCAAAUUUCUUAUUCAAUUGCAAUUGUUUUCAUGAUGCAAUUAAAUUCUUCAGAGGUGAGGGGGGAUGAUUCUACCCACAAACUUGGCGAUCCUCCCAAACCUAAGCCACCAAAUAUGGCUGGCCCCCAGUUGAAGACUUGGAACAACCUGGAGCAGUCCAUUAUGAACCACUGGAGCAAGAAAAAUCCAGUAAGGACUGAGCCAGUUGAUCCACUAUCAUGGAUUCUAGAAGAUCCUCUACCUUAUGAAGGUUCUCAUAGGGCUGCAAGUUUCAGACACCAAGCAAGCUCAUGA